AGAGGCUGCGGAGUCUCCGUCCUUGGAGAUGAAGACCUGACCGGGCACGGCCCUGAGCAACCUCCUGGAGGACUCUCAUCCAGGAUGGUGGCCAAGGUGCCGUCUGUCAGCCUGUGGAAGUCUGUUCUAAGGACAGCGUCCUCAUGUUGGUUUUGUGGAGGAGAGCUGUUUUCAAAUUCUCAACAUCUUUUCUGUGCAUGUAACCUAAAAUAGAUGCUUGGCUAAUUAUUAGCCUCCUUAUGCAACGCUCACACUCCUACUGGAUCAGGGCUGACAAAAAGGCUCGAUUCCAAACAGCCACUGCUGGCCAGAAGCCUGAAGCUGCGGUCCCUCAUGUACAACAUACCUAUUUGUGUAGCCUUCCUCUUACAGAAAGGACAUCUGGGGCAUUAAAUGGAACGAAUGCUGGUAAAACAUUACAAAAACACUUGCAGAUAAACGUCCCAACAGAUGAAGCAUUCUAUACACGGUUAUCCCCCAGAAGGCAGGACUUCAUCCUCCUCCUUUGAUGUUUUCAGUCAGGUAGGUCUACAUGUUAACUGUAUCCAAGCUAUUUCAGCUACAGCACCAAGAGUGGUUUCAGUAUAAAUAACUCACCGAUACGUAACUGUAAGAAGUCAGUCACUCUAAAAAUACGUAUUUCUCUAAUGUAACCUUUGUGGAGAAACACCUAACGUGAUCCACCUGUGAACACGGGGUUAGCAGAGCUUUGUGAACUGUGACGAGGGAUUUUGAAAACACCAGCACACACCUCCACGAUGCACAACAACAAAGUAUUGAGGGAAAAUGCCAGCAACAAGGCUGCGGGUGGAAGGAGAGGAGGAAAGAGGGAGGGAGCUCAACUUUUUUUAAGCUAUGCUUGCUCCCUCCCCUACUUAAAUUUAACAAAAAAAAAGAGAUGCUAGUUGCUGAUGUCAUCGAAGUGCUAGCAUUAAUCACUCCCAGCAUCAGUGGUACAGGCACAGGAGCAUAUAACAGGGAUGUGCAGGCAGUACCCUGUCCAAGAAGAAGGAAGCAAUACAGGAGGAAAAAUACAUCAUUUUUCCCCCCUAUGUUCUUUGAAAACCAAGGGAAACGGCAUCCUUAGACAAGAUGUGCUCUUGCAUGAAUUUCAGUAGAAGAGACAAAGAAGCCAUGCCAUGACCAGCACCGGGGAAAAAACCUGAAAGUACAAAGCAGUGAGGAUUCAAUCCAGGGGGAAGAAAAAGCAAACUGGCAAGCAGAGAUCAUGAAGCAAAGAACUCCUGCGGAAAAUGAUACCGAACAUUUAGUGUUUGUGUUAUUUUUGCAUCAGCACCUGAAAAUCCUGUUCUGAAAGCUCUGUCAGGAGGUGAUGAGCACUCCGAUCCACACGGUAUCCCCAGCACCACAACCUCUCAGUUAUCUGCCCGGGAAACAGUAAGCUCCCCUUUCCAAAGAUCCCUCCUGGGAAAGGAACCACCCCCCAAGCAGCACGGCAAUGGGAAUAACCAUCCAGAACAUCACAGGGAACACAGCAGUGGUGAUUUGGCCCCAGAUGGCCAGCUGUGCCGACAGCUUUUACAGUGUCAUGUACCACCCCAACUGGAAGAGCACGCCGGCGAGCUACUCGAGGAAGAGCUUCCAGAAGGAAGAGAGGGUGCCCGCCAGCCGCUCCUCCUUUGUGGUCGAAAACCUGACUCCGCUGACCACGUACAUCCUGUGCGUCACCUGCCAGUCCGCCAACCCCUCCAGCGACCAGUGCAGGGUCUUUAACACGCUGCAGCGAGACCCGGCGUCCGCCGGCACCGCCAAGAAGGAGCUGGCGCUGGGCAUCUGGCUGGCCAGCAGCCUCCUGCUCCUCAUCAUCGCCGCCGUCCUCCUCUACGGCUGCCUGCACCUGCUCUGCUGCAGGAGGCGCGAGCGCCCACGAGGGCGAGCCGGGUCCUCCGAACGGGACCCGGGGAAGACGUGGGCCAAAAGCGCAGCAGGCGCCUCCGAGGAGCUCGGCGUGCAGGGCCAGCAGAGGCGGGACAGCGAGGAGAAGCAGCCGGGGGGCAUCCAGCUGGCCACGAUCAUAGAGAACCCAUCAGCCUGCCAGGAGCCCUGCCGGCCCACUUCCAAGAGCCGGGAACGAGUGCCAAGGGCAGGGCUGUACUCUGCCAUCAAUUAGAAGCCCUUUGGCAGGGAGGAGACCUUCUGCCACCUGGGACAUCCCAGUCCUUCAACCCCAUCACGUGCUUUGUCACCACUUGUGAGAGGGGCUGCUCUGUGCAGUGCUCCCGUCCGGCCCCGUCUGACACCCUUGUGCUGCCCCAGGUACUCGGAGGCAAAGGUUUGGGCUGCCCACGACUUUGCUGCACUUUGCUGCUUCAAAAUGCAUCCGUUUCAAAUACCCUGGGAUGUGUUACUUUGUGCCUGUCAGCACCCACCAGAAGGUACCUCCUGCACCACAAGCGAGCGACUCCCUGUAGAGGUACCAGGGCUCAGAGAAGCAGCUCCCGCUCCUUCCUCCUCCUUCCCCUUCAGUUUUAAUGACAAAACUCAUUCAUCAGCUGCAAGCUUCUAUCCAGCCAUACGGUAAGGUUUGUAUGGCCAAGGGGGCAAGGAAGUAAAAACACCAAAAGGCUUUUUAUUUUUGUGACAACCCAAUCUGCUAGUCACCUAAUUGCGCCUUGAAUGUCACAGCAAGAAAAGCCCUUCAGACAGAAAUCUGCUCACCCUUGCAAAAUGAUGCAUCUUGUCUGGCCUAUGUGUGUACGUCACUCUGUUUUAAAUCCCUGAAGUGAACUUAUGUUCCAUAAAAACAUAAGAAAUCUUACUACUGCUGUACAA